AUCAACGUCCAAGCGGCGGGGUUUCUGGUCGACGACCCCUCCACGGCAACACAUGCCCGUUUCAUCACUGUCUCACAACCGGCGGCUUCUGGGAACCCCUUGCCCGCGAAAGAACCGACUGAGCUCGAAUCCAGAUUCCAGAAGAGGCCGCCCUCUGACGGGAUUGGCAGUUUAUGAUCGACCUCGACAACCACGGGUCUCGAGGACAGUGGAAACCUUGGAGAAGAGCCCAGAAGCUCUCGGUGAGGCAUGGCAUGAUAUUGAGUCCCUGAACAUCAUCAUCAUCAUGGGAAAAGUUCUGCAAUGCCUGGAAUUUUGUACUACAAGAUACCACCUUUGAUAACGCCCGGGCUCCUUUCCACCCCCUAAAUGGUGGCUAGCUAUAGUGUUAGCCCUCAACCCACUUCCAAACGCCGGACUACGGGUCUGGGGUGCGGUGAAUGCCCCCUAAAGUGUUGAGCUUUCAAUGUUCGGAUCCGGUCUGGGCAGCAGCCCUCUGACCUGAGGUGGAACAGUGAAGCAGAACACCCUGAAUUUCGGCCGCCAGCCCGUGCGCUCAGUCACCCAACCCCAGCCCCCACAUGCCACAUGCCUGUCCUGCCUAACGUCGUCAGGUCUUGGUGAUCGCUCGCGCGCGUCCCCCGCUAACGCAGCCCGCCGGGGACACACUGAACUGGGGUCCUGACACCCGACACACCUUAAUAUGGGCACUUUGCCGCAGCUCUUCUUUCUUCGUGACUGUCUUGCCUCCCUUUUGCUGGUUUCGAAUCUUUUCGACUGUAUAUAACGAACAAUCAACCCACUCUCACACCGUCGGCUUGGUCGACGACAACUAUAACGAAGAAUCGCAGUUGCAAUUCCACAUCGAUAUCCUGCCGUCGCUUCCCCGGUUUCCCGACAGCCUCUGCUUCAAUCCGCGGCGUGGCUUGCCUUCGUGCGACUCCUCCCGCUCCAAGACAUUGGAUCCCAGCGAGCUAGCUACAGAUUUUUGGAGGAACCUGAACCUCCACUGACCCGAGCUUUGUGCUGUGUCACAACCGAAGCUGUCGAACCCACACGAAUAACCCCGCGACCGAAGAAGUGCUGAGGUGAUAUUCGGAUGUCUUUUGUCGGCAUAGCAGUCGAAUUGUAUCCAGCAGCAGCUCAGCCCCCCUAUACCCGGACCAUCCGACACACUUUUCCCCUGAUUCGACGACAGCCCGCAAAGAAAGGCUAAAGAGUGGACGGUAAUAAUAGCAACCCUUUUUCUGCCCGGCGCCUACGAUAGUGAUACUCGACACACCCUCCUACCGCCCCCUCCACACUUCAUCGUCCCGCUCGGCCCCGCCUAAUAUCUAUAUUAUCGAUCGGUGCUCGCAACGGUUUCGACCGAUCUGACAUACCUUCUCGCUACCUCACAUUGCGCUUUUGCCAUCUUGAUAUCGAGUUUGCGACGAACGAACGCCGGUUAGGCGAUAAAACUAUUCACAAUGGACCACAUGCACGGGGGCUUUCAGAUGCCCAUACAACCACCACCGCUUAUGAAUCCACCACCCCAGAUCUUCGGCGGCUAUGCUGAACAUGGCAUGCCUAUGCCGCAACUACCACCCGACCUUAUGGCUGCGCAAAUGUUUGGAGACCAUGGGCUACUUGAAGACACAAACGAAGCAAAGAGGAGGAGGAUCGCAAGGGCAUGCGAUAUGUGCAGGAAGAAGAAGAUCAAAUGCGACGGAAAGUUACCAGCAUGUACACACUGCAUCAACUACAAGACAGACUGCGUCUUCACACAGGUGGAAAAGAAGAGGAAUCCGCCCAAGGGGGCCAAAUACAUCGAAGGUCUCGAGAAUAGAUUAGGUCGUAUGGAACACCUGUUGAGGCUGUCAGGUCUGCUUGGGGAAGAUGACAAUGGCGCUACCGAUCUGGGGACGUUGGAGAAGAAGCUUGCGGAGAAGCAGCAGCGGUCGAGACAGGCUUCUCAGGCUGCGUCGAAUCCAACGUCGCCAUCACAGGCCACGUCGGGGCAUGAUGGCAAUGUCUCCACUCCUCAGAGCUCCUUGGCUUCGCCGGAGCCAGCAAGGGAUAGUAAGGAUAAGAGGAAGUCUAUCACGCCAGAAAAGGAUGGAGAGGGAGAGGAGCAGGAGGAGGUUGCUGAGCUGAGUGAGAUGAUGUGCUCGCUGGUCACCAAUAACAUUGGUGAGACGAGAUAUAUUGGCUCCUCGUCCGGUUUCUCCAUCUUCUCACCCAAGGGUAUCCAGUGGGUGAAUGAGAAGAUGGGCGACUCUUCGUUCCAGCAGAUGAUCUCUGAUGUCUCGAUCGACGACCACAAGUGGACUGCAUGGAAGCCUGAUGUGUUUGGUGACCUCUUCCGCCGAGUCAUCUUCCGUGACCUGCCACCAAAGAACGAGGCCCUUUCGCUGCUCAAGGACUAUUUCGAGAACUUCAACUGCAUGUUCCCGCUCUUCCACCAACCGACGUUUAUGCAUCUGGUAGAGCGACAAUAUUCCAGCGACCCAUAUACUGGAUCUGGAUGGUGGGCGAGUUUGAACGUGGCUCUGGCUAUCGCUCAUCGGCUGCGGGUGAUGAGCAACCUUGUACCACAGGAAGAGGACGACAAGGCUUGGGCAUACAUGAAGAACGCCAUGGCUUGCUUUUCGGAGAUUGUGAUGCGCUGCACGGAUCUGCUUAGUGUGCAGGCUCUGCUGGGUAUGGCUAUGUUUAUGCAAGGCACUCCUAACCCGCAGCCAUCGUCACUUAUCAUUGCGACUGCCAUCCGACUGGCGCACACCAUCGGCCUUCACAAGAAGGGCACCAACUUCAAUUUGAACCCGAUCGAAAUCGAGCAGCGCAAGAGAGUGUUUUGGAUUGCCUACAUGCUGGACAAGGAUCUUUGCCUCCGAUCAGGAAGACCACCGGCACAGGAUGAUAGCGACAUGAACGUCGAGCUGCCUGACGCUGACCCGGCGGAUGGCAUCGGAAACAUUCCGCUGGCGGACGGAAAGGGGAAGAUGAACCUGUUUAGGGUUAUGUGUGAGCUAUCCAUUGUUGAGAGCAGGGUUUACAACAGGUUGUACUCGACAGAGGCGACAAAGCAGUCUGAUGGCGAGCUCUUGAACACCAUUGGCGAACUCGACCAGGAGCUUGAGGACUGGAAGGACAGGAUUCCCAUCGACUUCCGACCGGAACACGAAAUCAAGGCAUCGCACACGCCGCUGAUUCUGCACAUCGUCAUGCUGCACUUUAACUAUUACAACUGCUUGACGACAAUUCACCGGAUGUCGAUUCAUCAUGGGUAUUGGACCAGCAGGUUGUCCAACUAUGCUAUUCAGGGGCUUAAUGCUAGGCCAUUGAACCCUCGCAUUUUCUCAUCGGCGGCGUUGUGCACUACGGCUGCUAGGGCGUCGAUUUCUCUGCUCAAGUACAUCCCUCAGGGGGAUUUCUCUUGUGUUUGGAUGGUCCUCUACUUCCCAGUAUCAGCCCUCGUUACCCUCUUCGGCAACGUGUUGCAAAAUCCACUGGACCCAAGAGCCCGGUCAGACGCAAAGCUUAUGAACGUGGUGGUCAAUUUCUUGUCUAUGCUCGGCGUAGAAGCCGAGACAGGUGGUGUCCACCGUAUGCUGGGAGUUUGUUCAGAGUUUGAGCGGAUUGCAAAGGUGGUGGUGGAAAAGGCGGAGAAGGAACACGCCAACAGGCGGAAGAGGAAGAAUACCGAGCAACCAGCUGCCAAAACAACUGCUACCGGAGACUCCCCAUCCUUCAACCCCAACCCAGCAGCCGCCGCUCCUACACCCCGGCCGACAACAGCCGGCUCUGCCACACCACAAGCAUCCCAUUCCAUGAACAACCAACAUCAGCCCCCGAACAACAACCUUUCCCCACCACCAAACGACCACCGCUCACCACCAAACACUGGGUUCGGCCCGAUGAACGGCGCCGCCAACGGCCAAGGGACAAUGAGCUCGAGUUCGUCGCCUGGUAUGGCGCCAACGGGGUGGCAUGGGGAUUUUGCAGCUGCGCCUCCGAAUGGUGGAGGCGGUGUUCCGGGUGGUGGUGGUGAUUACGGGGGGUAUGAUAUGGGAGGAUUUGAUCCGAUGAAUUCAGUUACGAUGGGAGGGACAGGGGGACUGACGAGCCCGCCGCUGGGGGGAGGGUUUUUUCAGCAGCCUAUGUUGCCGCAGGACUUGUUUAGCUUGCCGAUGACGUUGGAUUGGGAUUGGGCCGAGAUGAGCGGGGGGGCGUAUCCUAGUGUGGAGAAUGGGAAUUUUGGGGGGGAGGUGUCUGGGAGGAUGUAG